AUGGGUGCUAAUGAUCAUCAACUAUUUCUCUCAUCACCUGAUUCAACAUAUUCAAGAACAUCAUCAAUAUCGUCUUCGCCAUCGUCGUCUUCUUUUCCUCCGUCAGGAAAAUUAUUAAAUGAAAAACAAACAUCAAAGAUGAAAUCUUUUCUUAUUUCGGAUAUAUUGAAACCUAGUUUUGGUAACCAUAAUCAACAUAAUAAUAUUGAAAAAUCAAACAUUCCUUUAUCAUCAUCGUCACCUACAACAACAAAUGAUUCAUCAUCGUCGUCGUCGUCAAAUCAAAAUCAUAGUCAAAAUCUUAUGGAGGGAAUGUUUCCUGCAUGGGUUUAUUGUACAAGAUAUUCUGAUCGACCAUCAGCGGGUAAAAACAAAGAUCAAAAGAAAACCACUUCAAAUAAAUCUUUACUUUUUGAAGGUCCUCGUGCACGAAAACAUAAGCCAUGUGAUACCUUGGAUUCCAAACGACCACGUACAGCUUUCACAAGUGCUCAAUUAGCGCGUUUAAAAGAUGAAUUUGAUCGAAGUAAAUAUUUAACGGGCGAACGUCGACAAGUUUUAGCUGAUGAAUUAGGUUUAAAUGAAUCUCAAAUAAAAAUUUGGUAUCAAAAUAAACGAGCAAAAAUAAAAAAGACGUCUGGUGUACGAAAUACAUUAGCAUUACAAUUAAUGGCUCAAGGUUUAUAUAAUCAUAUACCAUCGAAUAAUAAAAACUCAUUAAAUGACUAG